CUACAGUGUGCAAAACGUCUCUCGUGUACAUCAAACACACAUCUGUGCUCUUCGUAAUCGGCAGACGCAUUUCUUGUACUGCGAAAAGCAAGAAAUUACGCGAAUAGUUUAUUGCAAUCACUUUAAUUUACAUUCCUUUUUUGUGUUUUGUUUCUCAUAAUGUCUGAUUAUAAGAUAACGUACUUACCAGAGGAGAUGAUAAGCCACAUUCUCGACGAUAAUGUACUCACUAUUCUAUCUCAAAGAUGGCCCUUUACGAAGAAAAGAUAUGAAAGUCUUAAGGAAAAAGAAAAUGAAGAAAACAUAAACUUUGUUACAAUGGGCAUAAAUUCUGCGACACAAUUGCGAAAUUAUUUGUCUCUAAUUCUUUUUGAUGAUUAUUACAAUGAUUAUUAUUACAAUAAUAUAUCAAAUCAAAAUUAUUUCAAUGAUUCAAUUAGUAAUGUAGUAUUAAAAUUCCAUGAUGUAAAGAAAUUCAGUGAAAAUUUCGAUGAAUAUGCAAAUCGUUUGAAUGAAAAUGAACUUGUUUUUAAACGUAAACGUAAGCCUAUAGAUGUGCUGAAAUGUAUGUUUUAUAUUGAGGAGAUUAAAUGCUUGUUAACACAAUUUCCACAGAAAAUUGAUCGCAAUUCAAUCCAAGAAUUUUGCAAUAUGGAAAUGUCUCACUAUGAGAAGAUAUCUUUGAUACGAAAUGAGUUGGACAGAUAUAGAGAGAAACCUGAAAAAGAACAGAUUUGGAAGAAGUUUGUACUUUCAUAGCACAACGUAUUCAACCUCGAAAAGCUAUAUGUUACACGAAUGUAAGUGCAUCAUUGGAUACAAUCGCACAAGAGGUACUGAAUUGUCUCAGAGUGAAGCAUCCGAACCAUUCGAUAUUCUCCACUUCUGAAGAAACUUUUUCCUAUUGAAAAAGCAACAAUAUCGCAGAUAAUCAUUGGGAUAAAACAGAAAGUACGCAGAUUAUGGACACUCCAGGAAUAUAUAUUUAGCAUCUUGAAUUUUCGAGCAUGUAUCUCCCCAUUUUCACCCGAAGAUAUCAAAUGGAUUUGUAUAAAUUAUGUAAGUUA